AUGAAUACUGAAAUAAACAUUUUAUUUUAUUUUUUAAUUUUAGAUAUGAAGAAAAUCCAAUAUUCUCUCUGGCUAUUGUAUUUAUUCUUAAAAUGUAUUGCUCAAGAUCGUAUAAGAAUUGAUUUUGAAGAAUCUACAUCAAAUGUGCGUAGACUUAAAAGGUUUUGGACCAAUACAGGCUUCUCACCUUUAGUCAAUGACUUAAAUUUUUUUGAAUCAAAUGAUUUGAGUACAAAUUUAGAAAUUAUUGGAUCUCUACCAAACAAUGGAUUGAAGAAUGUGCGAAUUCAUUGGCUUUUGGAUCUUCUUAUUCAUAAAUUCAACGACAACGAUAUUCUAAUGUAUGACUUUAGUAAACUUGAUAAUUUUUUAAAUAAAUUAAUUAACGAUUGGAAUUUGGUUCCAACAAUUGAAUUUAUGACUUCACAUAAAUUUAAAAGGUACAAUAAAGAAUUUUGGAGAGAUUAUGCUUAUGAGAUAAUUAUGCAUUAUAUAGGAUAUAAUAAACUAAAUUUUUCUCUAUCAGAAUACAAUGACUACAUUUUUGGAUUAAAUGCAGCCUUUAAUAGAUUAAACAGCGAGCAUUCCUCAAACAAAAUGUUAAAACUUCGUGGACCUGCUGGUUUGUUCAAAGAUAUCAAGAAGCAUAAAUUUUGUUGGAUUGUGCUAGAAAUUUGUAACCAAAACAUAUCAUCAUGUCCUGUUGAUAUUCUAACUUUUCAUCGUAAAGGCAAUGGGAGUAGCGCUAAUGAAGUUAUAGAUUCAACAUUAAAUCUUUUACAAGAGAUUUCCAAAAAAUAUCCAAAAUUGUCAAAAAUGAAAUUUUCAAAUACUGAAGCAGAUCCAAAAAAGAAAUGGUCUGAGCCACGUGAUUUUCAAGCUGACACUCGAUAUGCUGUGAUCCUUUCAGAAAUUAUAUUGCAACAUUGGAAAGCAAUGUUUGAUAGACAAAUGUCUAAUCUUGAGUCCAUAAGUCAUGAUAACAGUUUUAUGAAUUAUUAUCCUUUUAUUUUCGACCAAAGAACUUUAUUGGCUCGCUUUCAGAUUAACAAUACAAGACCAAAACAUUUACAAUUUAUUCGAAAACCUGUUUUUACAGCUCUCGGGUUAAUGUCAAAUUUAGGCAAAUAUGCGUCAAACGUUCGAAGAAUUAAUAAUAUUUCAUAUGUAGUCAGUGUCAAUAAUAACACAGAACAAUUCUUUUCAAGUAUUCUUCUUACUAGCCAUGUUAAUAAUGAAUUUUACAUGAAUAAUUCGGCUACUUAUGAGUUUAUGAUUAACAAUCUACCGAAACGAAAUGAUUUGAUGGUUUUUAUUGAAGCUAUUGACAACGAAAGAACAAAUCCAUCAAAUAUUUAUGAUAGACUUAAUAGACCAAAGUAUCCAGAUGUAAAUGAGCUCGAAAAAAUGAGGAAUUCACAAGGACCAUUUACUUUUGAAGAGCCAUCAAAAAUUGUCAAUGGCAAGUUUGUUGUGAAUCAACAAUUAAAAGAACCAUUUGUUGUGAAUAUUCGGAUAUGCAGCAAGAAUGCCAAAAAUUCAAACAGGAUACAAAAUCUUCGAAUUAGAAAAAUCAAUGAUCAAGAAAUAAUUUUAUUUUGGACAGAUAGUGUCAUUUUCCAAAGAUGUACAAAAACUUAUGAAAUAUAUUUUAAAUAUGGCAGUCAUCCUUAUAAGCUAUUGUCAUUGGGUCACAUACCAUUCCUUUAUCAUCAAUUUAAACAUACAAUUCCUGGCUGCUUUAAAGUUUUAUCAAAAGACUUUUUUAAUAGAGUCAGCAAGUUAUCUAAAGAAGUAUGCAAUUUUAACAAUAUUAACCGAAAAUGA